AUGGAGUGCAUGCGCGAUCACCUUCACGACGGCGUUGUGCUACAUGGACGAUACGAGACCAUCUCCCCUCUCAACAAUGGCUCUUUUGGCAUGGUCUUCCAGGCCAAGGACCUCGUAACUGGCGACAAUGUUGCCAUCAAGGUCAUCACCAAGAGCACCGCCGCCGUCAACUGCCCUUCUGCUUUCGCAGUCGAUGAGCGUUCCGAGGAGCUUGGCGUUCACCUGCACCUUGGCGACCACUCCAACGUUGUCAACCUGCUCCAGUCCUUCGAGACCCAGAACCACAUCUACCUGGUCCUCGAGUUCUGCUCCAACGGCGACCUGUACGAGGCCAUCCGUGUUGGCAAGGGCCCCCUCGAGACCGAGCACGUGCGCGACUUCAUGAUGCAGCUUGUCGGUGCUGUCGAGUUCAUCCACUCGAAGGGUAUCUACCACCGUGACAUCAAGCCCGAGAACAUCUUCCUCACUCAAGAUGGCUCCAUGAAGCUUGGCGACUUUGGUCUUGCCACUACCGACACGUGGUCCUACGAGAUUGCUGUAGGCAGCGACCGCUACAUGGCGCCUGAGCAGUACGACCCUGGCAACACUGGUUACUCUACUGAGAAGGCAGACAUCUGGGCCAUUGGCAUCGUCCUCCUCAACAUCCUCUUCCAGCGCAACCCCUUCGCUGUCCCAUCCACUUCAGACCCUCUGUACGCCGACUUCGCACUUGACCGUCAGAGUCUCUUCGACGUGUUCCCCAACAUGUCGCAAGAUACCUUCGAGGUCAUCAGGCAGUGCUUGGCCAUCGACCCCGAGAGGCGCAACCUCAACGCCGUCAAGGAUGCCUUGGCCCGCGUCAUCAGCUUCACCACCGAUGACGAGAGCCUUGAUGACUUCUGCACUGAGGAGCGUGACGUCGUCGCCGUCGGAGCCAACCGUGAGCCCCUCCGCACACCUUCCAUCUCGACGCCGCAACUCGAGAACAAUGGUUCAUUCCCAUGGGCGAAGGCCUUGGCCAUGUCGCCACCUCAGCAGUUCCGUCAGCUCUCAGCCAUUCCUGACGACGAGAUCUACGAGGACGACAUGUUCCCGGGUCCUCCCUACGACGUCAAGCCAGAUAGCGCCUCUGCCGUAUCUUUUGUGGACUCUGGCUUAGGCUUAUCUUUCAAGUCGGUUGACGUCAGCGAACCAAAGUCGAUGAACUUCACUCGAUCUCGGCCCGUUGCUAUCUCUGGCUCGCUUCCUGCCAAGAACUUCAACAGCAUGUCGUCCGUCUUCGGUAAGAAGCGCGACAUGAUCUCGAAGAGCUGGAGUGACCUUUGGGAUGAGGAGGAUGACGAUGCGCAGUUCCUCGCUGAGCUUGAGAACAACUGCCACUCUUUCAGUGCUGAGAAGCCCAAGCCCAAGGCUGUUGUCUCCGAAGCCGGAUCUGGCGUCUCGACCCCUCGCGGCUUAUCUGAGGUGAAGAACCCUGCCACGGUCCACAACAGCAGGGAUCGCUCGCCUAAGAACAUUCGCUCUGCGGUCGACCAUGUCAGCGCGGCGACUGGAUUCGUCUUCGAGGAGCAUCGCACCCCAGCACCUGCUCGCAGCCCCAAGCGCUCUGCUGCCGACAAGUGGGCUGCCCUCGGCGAUCGUCGACGCAGCCCUGCCGUCCAGGCCCAGCAGCAAGUUCAGCAGCAGACUCCGUCAAAGCCAAUGAGGUCGCCCAAGUCCGCUGAAGCUCCGAACUCCGCCCGGAAGCGGAGCCGGACUGGAACUGGCCGACGACCGAUCCACUGGGGCUCCAGUCACAACGAAAACAACAACCACCCUGUCAGCUCCUGGGAGCAGAAGGUGGACAACUGGUACAAGAGCAAAGAUUGGCGCUCUCAUACCGAUCACGCCCAGAUCACGGACGAUCUGGGUGACCUUGAGUGGGUGUGGUAA